GCCAAUCAUCUUCUUCUACAGGCGCGUAGGCGUAACUUCCUGUACAGUAAUGCAAGUUAGUCCAACAUGGCGGUUAUGUCGCUCGCUUGAGUGUAAAGUGUUAAACCGCGUAAAAGUUCAGAUAGUUACGGUAUAUUGCAUUGGCAGAGAGAGUAUAUUUACACACAUUAGUGUCUGUCGACUGCACGUAUCGGCUUUUUUGGAAAUGAAGGGGAAGGAGCGAUCGCCGGUGAAGAAACGCUCCCGAGCGCCAGUUGAUAGCAGAGACCGAGGAGGGAGCAACCCGAGCGGCAAGAAGACCGGAGCGCUGCCGACGGUUGGCAGCAACAACGGUAACGGCUCUGCUCAGGGUGGCGCUUUAUCCAGGAGAAGUUUACACAUCGAGAAAAGAGAGAUGAGGGAUUCAGACGGACACAAUUCAUCCAGUCGGGCUGGUAGCGGUUACGACUACGGAGUGGUUUCGGUGAACAAGCCUUACGGUGGCGCUGACAUCGCAGCGGAAACAUCCAGGUCCGGUUCACGCAGCGAUCCACGGCCUCCGUCAAAUCCCGACAACGAGUACAAGACUCUCAAAAUAAGCGGGCUGGGCUCUCAGCUGAACGACGAGGAAAUAGAGGACGGGCUGUUUCACGAGUUCAAGAGGUUCGGGGACGUGAGUGUUAAAAUAAGUCGAGAAAAUGACGAGAGGGUGGCGUUUGUGAACUUCAGGAGGCCCGACGACGCCCGAGCGGCCAAACACGCCCGCGGCAAGCUGGUGCUGUACGACCGGCCUCUGAAAAUCGAGACAGUCUACAUGAACAGACGCAGAAGCCGCUCCCCUGUUUCAAAAGACAGUUUCCCCUCAGGACAGAGGCAUCUCCACUCUCAGAGACCCCUGUCUCCCACUGGGGUGGGGUACAGAGACUACCGGUUACAGCAGCUGGCCCUGGGCCGACUCCCCCCUCCUCCUCCACCGCCUCACAUAAGAGAUCUGGAAAGAGACAGAGAUUUUUCAAUGUAUGAUGCCAGGACGAGACCCCCGUUCAUCCCUGAGUGUGCUGUGUACCGCGAGGAGGACCUGCUUAGCCCCGAGGAUGACCAUAGGGCAAACAGGACUUUGUUUCUGGGCAAUCUGGACGUAAGUGUGACGGAGAGUGACCUGAGGAGGGCGUUUGACAGGUUUGGCGUGAUAACAGAGGUGGACAUAAAGCGGGCAGUGAGAGGCCAGAGCAACACCUAUGGAUUCAUAAAGUUUGAGAAUCUUGACAUGGCUCAUCGUGCCAAAGUAGCGAUGUCUGGGAAAGUGGUGGGCCACAACCCAAUUAAAAUCGGCUAUGGUAAACCUACACCCACGACCAGGCUGUGGGUGGGGGGCCUGGGACCCUGGGUUCCACUCGCUGCACUGGCUAAGGAGUUUGACCGCUUUGGCACCAUCAGGACUAUAGACUACAGGAAAGGUGAGGCGUGGGCUUACAUCCAGUAUGAAAGUUUGGAUGCUGCUCAGGCUGCAUGUACUAACAUGAGAGGCUUCCCUCUCGGUGGCCCCGACAGGAGACUGAGAGUAGACUUUGCAGACACAGAGCACCGCUACCAGCAGCAGCAGCAGCAGUACAUGCAGCUUCCCCUCCCCCUGCCACACUAUGACUUAGUUCCUGAGCCCUUUGCCCACCGCCUUACUGACUCGGUGAGAGUGAGAGAGAGGUCCCCUCCACUUCCUGCUCGCUUCAGAGACAGGGACCUGUACCCCAGUGCUGAAUGGUCUGGCCUGGCUGUCCACGACAGGAUGCGCGGGGCAGCCUUUGAUCCCAUAGAUCGUCUGGAGAGGCGUUCCCGUGAGACCUGGUCAAUAGAGCGUGAGCGUGAGUUCCAAAGCCGAGAUCUAGGCCGCAAAAGGAGACAUUUGGAUGAUGGCUGCCGACUGGAUCAUUCACCUGAGAUUGGUGACUAUGGUCUGCGGCGCCAUGGCAACUCAUUAGAGCUCAGCCCUGGAGGGAGCAGUCGAGACGGCGGACGCUAUAGUGACCCUGAACGUCUGCCUCGCUCUGGCAGAACCUCCCCUGUCAGAGACCGCCAGGAUGCUGGCUUUGGAGACAAGAGAAGAAAAACACUCAGCCCAGCUGAGCCAGGCUGCUCAGAGAAGGACCGCAAACGUAAAGCCAGUGACUCAUCUAAGAGCCCAGCGAGAAAGGAGAAUCGCUUAGGACAUCCUUCCUCCAAAUCUGGCCAGCAGUCUAAGCCGGCAGCUGGGGGACAGAAGCUGAGCCAGGCCUGGCAGGGCAUCCUCCUGCUGAAGAACAGCAGCUUUCCCACUUCACUGCACUUGCUGGAGGGCGACAUGUCGGUGGCUACCAGCCUGCUGGUGGAGGGCUCCACAGGGGGUCAAGUCUCCCAGCUGAAGAUCAGUCAGCGCCUGCGCCUGGACCAGCCCAAGCUGGAUGAAGUCUCUCGUCGCAUCAAGGCCGCCGGCUCCGGCGGAUACACCAUCCUCCUGGCCGUGCCUGGGAAAUCUGAAGAUGGAGGGCUCCAGGACGCCAGCAGCUCCACCGAGAGACCCCUGAAGAACCUGGUAUCCUACCUGAAGCAUAAGGAGGCGGCCGGCAUCAUCAGCCUCCCUGUGGGGGGAAGCCGUGACAAGGACCACGGAGGAGUCCUUCACAUUUUUCCCCCAUGUGAGUUCUCACAGCAGUUCUUGGAUGCCUCUGCUAAAGCUUUUGCCAAGUCAGAGGACGACUACAUUUUGAUGGUCAUUAUCAGAGGAGCAUCAUAAAAAAAGUGCAAAUUAUAAACGUCUGUUUGUUCCACUCAUGAACUGUUAAACUGUGAGCUGUAAAAACAGGGAGAAGUAAUGAUAACCAAGCAGGGUGACAGGGUUCUCCCUAACCUGCAUGGUAGCUUGUAUCUCAUCCUGCUGAGGUUUAUAGAAAUGAAACUCAUCGAAUUGAAUUUUGAUAAAUUGAUGGAUUUGAUUAUUAAUACAGGUGACAUGCUUCUACUUUUUAGUUGUCAGAUAAAUGUACAUUACAUAAAGGGUACUCUGCUUACCGUAGUUCAGAGCAAGCUCCAGUUCUGUGAAUCAGUACUUUGUGUUGCCUUAUCUCAUUUCAUAAGAUAUUCCUGUCAUACAGUGCCUGCCUUUAACAAAAAAAGAAUCUAAGAUCCAAAACGGUAUUUUAUCUGUACACAGCAUAGAUUUAACUGGUCAGUGUCAACAAGUUUGUAGUACUAUAAUGUUUGUACAGCAAACCUAAAGAAUUCAUUAAAUCAAACACCUGUACAUAGAGAAUUUCUCUUGAUUAAGGAAAUAUAUCUUUUUGCUCUAUAGCGUAUUCAAGAUGUGCAUCUGUAUUACUUUUUUGCUGACUUAAGUAAACAUUUUGAAUACUUCCUAAUUAAACGUUUCGUUAUGAUAGCUUUUCUAUUUUUGUCAGUUUUGGCCAGUCCUGCUAAAGACAAUUGUGGAAAAAAAAUAAUUCUCAUGAAACAAAACCAUUGUAUUAGUCCUGAUAUCUGGCCUUGUGGACUAUUUCUUCAUAAUUUACUUUUGGCUAUGAUAAAUAGAGAUGUAAGGGUUAAAGUAUAAUAUCAUUGCUCCUUUCUGAGCCACAUCUGGAGGUUUUGAGACAUUACAGUUUUUCCGAUGUGUUUUCCAGAACUUGUAUGUUGGGGUGGACACAAGCUGCAGGCACCUGCACAUUAUAAUGCAGUUCAGUACAAUAACCCAGCGAAGCAUACUGCCUUCAUGAAGCUAAUCAUGUUUAGUUUGUUGUUGAAAUGAUGUUCAAGAGGAGGUUUUAAGCUCUGUGUUUCUUUGUGACCCCAGGGUGUUGUAUUGAACUACAUUAUCUUACAAUCUAAAUAUUCAGGGCUGCAACAUUUCAUUAUUCAUUGAUCAAGCCACUGGUUCUGUUCUUGAUUGAUCGGUCGAAUCAUUUGUUCUGUAGAACAUCAGAAAAUAGAGAAAGAUAACCAUAUUUUUCUACGGCAAUGUUUUCAAGCCCAAGGUGAUGUCUUCACAUGGCUUUGGUCCUACCAGCAGCCCCAAACCCAAAGAUAUUCAGUGUACUGUGAUGUAAGAGAAUGUUUGGCACUUUUUUGACUAAUUGAUUAACUAGUUAUCAAAAUUGUUGCUUAGAAAUUAUCUGUCAGUUGACUAAUCAUUUGAGCUCUAAAUGUUAUUACCAUGGAGUUGACUCAACUCCCCUUGACCUCAAAUCUGUGGGUGUUUUGUUUGGAAUGGGGUUUGAUUAUACAGGGUUGCUUUUGUGUCCACUCCUUUUUAUAUUGUUGCCAUCACGUUCAAUUAGACUGAACAGUAAUUGGUUGAUUCAAUUUAUCACUUUUAUUUUUCUCAUGUUAUAAUCCACAAAGUAUAAUAACUACCCCAACAAAGCAUAUGUACUGUAAAAAAAAAAAAAAGAAAAGGAAAAAAAAGAUGAUGCAACUUACAAGCUAUAUGUAGGCCGUGCACAUCUCUAAUAACUGAUCAGGAAUCUAUCCAAAACAUUGCUACGCUAUCAGUGGACUUUUGUGAUUUAAAAAAAACCUCUGAAUGAAUCAGAGGACAGGAGGCCGCUCUCCAGUGGCCUUAAACACCACCUUCUGAAAAGACUGUUAAUGAUCGUUUUCAUGCUUGAUUUUAUUUGUUUCAAAUGGGGGGGGGGGGGAAAGAAUUGUAUACUCAGGAUAUCUGGAGAGAGAAAAGGAGAACAUCAGUGCUCAUGGGCCUAAAGAAGUUUACCUGUCAAAAAAAAAACACAAAGUGCAACAUGCACUUGAUUUUGUCUCAAUAAAUUUACUCUUUCGUGGGAAACACGAGUGCCUUGGAAGACAACUGUUGUGACCUUUUCUGUUCUUGGAAUUGUCUAUCAAACUCUCACGGCUUUAUCGCUUUGACAGCAGGAGCCUUCCCGGCAGAAAGGAGAGGAAGUGUGAGAGUCCAGGGAGGUCAGCCUCUCAGUUCUGUGUUUGCUAUUUAUUGAAGAUCACUUGUUGAAUGAACUCUUUUGUGAAGAGCCUUUCAUGUGACCUUCAUUCAGAUUGAAAUUUGUCCGUACUAGAAUACUGUUUUCAGCCUGUCUGCGAAGGCAAAUCUAGAGUCACUGUGUCUCUUCAGAUAUGUGGCUUUCCCCUCAGUCGCCUCCGGCCUGUAUGACUGGAGGUGAGGCUGAGAACUCGCCAAGUUCUGUCAAAAUGGCCAGGGUCGUCUCCAUCUGAAAGCCUCUUGGCGGAGGCACAGCAGCAUUUGAAGGCCCCCCCUGUCUUCUGUCUCAUCCGGCCCCAGCAGCACACAGAGUAUUGGUUCAGCGUCUGCAGGAGCAGUGUUCAUGUGUGUAGUUGCUUAUUGUUCUUGCAUUGGAGUUUUGAAAAAGAUCUCUGUUCUGGGGCCAGACUUCAAAACAUCUCAUCCCGUGUCGGGGAGGGGGGGGGAAGAAAAGGUUGAGACGGUGAGACAGCAUCUGCUUUAUUUGCCAAAAAAAUGGAAAGGAAACGCAACAGAAGAGAAACCAUUGCCGUUACAGGGAAUCCUAAUCUUUUAGUUGAUGUGUUGGUCUGAUUUACACACUUAAAAAAGAAAAGAUUCUGUGCCAAAACUGCAUGUGAAAGCGAAGUGAAGAGUUUCCUGCUAUGAGUCAGAAGCUGCUGCAGGAUGUGUAUCAUCAAGACGGUGCUGUUCCUGCCCACUGCUGCUUCAUCUCCAAACUAAAGGGACGUGAGCAGCUUCCCUGCAACUUCGGGCGUCCAAAACCUGCCGCGGCAUGGGAUUCAAGGUGUCCUGGAGCUGAAACAGGUUUGAGUCUCACCCCGGCUGCACCUGGUCCCGCUCCACAGGUAAAGUAUUAAGAUGGCCUAAACUACUGACCAGGGUAUGUAUUAAAAUGUUUAAGCCCACUGCAAACACAUCAGGCCCAGUUGCUGGUUAAAAAAUAACAAAUUACUAAAAUUUAAUGAUACUGAAGUAAACUGCUUUUAGUUGACAUAGAGAUGCUGAUUUAAAAAUCCAUGAGGUCUUAGUUUGUCAUGUUGAACAAAUAUCCUGUUAGUGUCUUUCAGUCAGCGCUGCUGAGUGCCAGCUUACUGUGGGACUACUGUUCCCUUUUGUCUUUUGACACUUUUCUACUUGUCAGAUUAGAAAUAAUUUAGCAGUGUUGGUCCCAAAUGCACCGGCAAAUCACACAGCCACUGCUGUAAAUCUGUGGAAGAAGUACUCCGAUUCUUUAGCUGCAGCUAUGUAUAAAAUACACUUAAAGGUUUUUUCAUUUUGUUGAUAAUUUACUUUACUUGAGUAUUUCUGUAUUGUGAGAUUUCCCAUUUCACUGAAGUAAAUAAUAAGGUAAAAGGGGCACUAUCACAAUGUAGAAAUACUCAAAGUAAAGUAAGUGGGCGAGCAAUUUAUUAGCAAAAUGUACUGUAAAAUACAAAACAGCCCAUUUCAGUAUAUUUUAUUAGAGGAUCAUAUGUUUUGUUUCAUCUUAAUCUGCAAAGUAACCAGCAACUAGGGCUGAACAAUUAAUCAAAAUGUUAUCGAAAUGGAAAUAUGACCUAAUGCAAUAUUCAAAUCACAGGAGGCAAAAUGUGUUACAAUACCAUUUUAAAUGAAAUAUUGUCUACAGACAUGUCCUGGCCUACAUAUCAUAUUCUACAGACUUAAGAAAACACAUUUGUUUGGUACAGAUCCCUGCAAGAAUCACAUAGUAAACAUUAAAAUAUGUUUUUCAGUUAACAUGAAUAAUUAUGUGAAAAUGAUCAUUCCCUCCAAUAUUGCAAAUUAUAUUGCAAAUGCAAAAUCGAUCAAAACAAUCACUAUUAGAUAUUCUUUUCAAAAAAAUAUACAGCCCUACCAGCAAAUAAAGUGGUCAGAUAAAUGUGGUGAAGUAAAACGUAAUAUUCCCCGUGAAAUGUAAAGUAUAAAGAAGCAUAAAUUGAGAAUACUCAAGUAAGUUACCUCAAAAUUUUACUUUAGUACAGUACUUUGGUAAACAUAUAUAUUUAUCUUCCACCACUGCAAAAAAAUGUUAAUUAUCCUCAAUUAGGACAUCAUGUGCCCAAUGUGAGAAAUCUGCAUUAGUAAUCAGGAACAAAUAGAAGAUGGUUAAUGGAAUAUUUCUUUAAACAUGCAUCUACUGCAUCUGCACAUAACUGUAUUUUCUUUUCUACUGUGUCCAACUCAGGUAGCUUUUGAUAGUUUAAGAUGAGCUAUUUCAAUUUAUGAAAAUGGAUGAAAUGAGUGUUGAAUGCUCUUAUUUGCACUGAGGGAAGGGGGAUGCGAUGAAAAGAUAAGGUAAAAGCUUUUUGUAAUGUCCAAGGUUUUGGAUGACCGGGUAUCACUCAUCAGUUGGAGCACACAGUGGAAAAUCCUCCUCGGGGUUAGUGAAAGUGGUAUCAUUGAUCACACAGUUGUAGGUCAGAUAUGUAAACUUUGUGCUAAGAUGACAAAUUUAGAGUUUUGUUUAUAAAAACAAAAUGGCUGGUGUAAUUAAUUUGAUUACAGAUCUUAGGUGGCUGACAUAAAUAGUAAGUGUGUGUUUACUGUAUUUGAGGGGGUGUUGAGAACUUGAAUUACACGAUUUCUGCAGUGUGAUUGUGAAAAGGGAAAUGUCACUGACAGUUCAGACCGUAGUUAUACAAUAAACCGACCCCUACAUGAAGCUAAAAACUUUGAACAGGAGGUCUUUCAAAGAAGUUUCAGUUCAUUCCUAUAAGCUAUAUGAGGCAUAGGUGUCAUUUACACUGGGGACACGUCCCCAUCCCUUUUUGAAAUGGCUCAUUUUGUCCCCAUCACCUUUUGAAAGUAUUUGUUAAAAUAGUUCUGAUAAAUUGCUUGUAACAAGAAAUGUUAAAUAACAAAUGAGAAUGUUUUGAGAAAGGUUUAUUUGCACAAUAAGAAACAUGCAAUGCAAUUUAAAUAUAUAUAAUAAGUUCCUGAUUAGGACAUUAUAUUACAUUAUAUUUUUAUAUUUUGUAUUGUCACCUCACACCUGAAUUUUGUGUUUCCAUUUAUAUAUAUAUAUAUAUAUAUAUGACAUUUCAACCACGAAUUGGUCCGGAAAAUGUGUCCAGAAUGCAGGAAAUUAAGUGUUUAAGGCUAAAUCUGGACCUGGGACCCCCAGACCCCCCAAAUCAUACAUCACAGUAGUGAAAAUUUAUUCACGUUUCGGGAGCAAGAGUUUCACUGCACCCCUUAAAUGUCCCCACCACUUUUAAGCACAAAGUGCCCUUGGGACGAGGGUUUGGCAACAAAGCCAGCAUCUGAUUUUAUCCUCCAGCCAUAACAAAUUCAAGGAUGUUGUUGUUGUGUUUCAGAAAGAGUGCUGCCUGUGAAUCUGACAGAAAGCUGUCAAUGAACCAGAGUUUAGAUGUUUGAAACAGAGGAUUUAAUUGCAGCACAUAUUCGCAGCGUACGCUGUUACUGUGAGUUUGUAUUAUUAGUGUGAUGAGGAAAACUGGGUACACUUUAACGCAUUUGAUCACUUUUUUAAAGAAUCUCUUGAUCCUGUAUAAAGUCUGUUUCAGAAAAUGUCUUCACUUUUUUACUGCUAAUUUUUUAUGAACUGUAACCAAACGGUGCCUAAACAUUUUUUUGAACAUGAGCUGGUCAUAAUUAAAGUGUUGAGUAUUUCAGGUUGUCACCUCAGUGUGGAGGCAAGUGAGAGGAAACUCUUCUCUGUCUGUCCUCUUUGAAAAGACUGCAGUGUGACCGAUUGAGCUCUGUAGAGCUUCACUGAACUCUGACGUUAUGAGUGCAUGUUGAAUUCAUCAGGAGGAGGAAGCAUUCCUUGGUGAGUACAAUUUAAAAUAGUUUAAAAAUGUGCACCUCUCCUAUUUAUACCUUCAGUGUUUUAUAUUGAUGAUGUAAACUUGCAUUUGAUUUGUGCUUGAAUAAAGACUUGAAACACA